AUGACUCUCCCGUGGAUAUACCCUGUCCGAAUCGUGCAAGCAGUCUUUGGAGUGAUCGUGAUCGGGCUAACAGGAUAUGUGGUUUCCACAUUCUACCAUGGAUGGUCAUAUUCAGAUACCGUCAACUUCCUCCUCUUCCUCGGCUGCUGGACUGCCUUUGUCGCGGUGCCCUACCUGGCCCUCGCGCCGAUAUGGUUCCCUCGCCUAGCGCACCGCUAUGCGAUGCCGGCGGUUGAAGUGAUCACUAUGAUCUUCUGGUUUGCAGGGUUUAUCGCUAUGGGGGCAAUGUUGCCUCCGCCCAGGUGGUGUCACUCGAGUGCAUGCAGUUCGCUCCAGGCAGCAACAAUAUUUGGGGCCUUUGAGUGGGUGCUUUUUGCGGUGACCACGUAUUUUGCGAUUGUCGAUCUUCGACAUCAUCGCAGUGGAGACACUCCAAAACCGCAUUCGAAUGUGCACAUCGGAGUUUAA